AUGUCUUUCAUUGCACACUCAGUGUGUAUUGGUGCAGUCAUUGCACACUCGGUGUGUAUUGGUGCAGUCAUUGCACACUCGGUGUGUAUUGGUGCAGUCAUUGCACACUCGGUGUGUAUUGGUGCAGUCAUUGCACACUCGGUGUGUAUUGGUGCAGUCAUUGCACACUCGGUGUGUAUUGGUGCAGUCAUUGCACACUCGGUGUGUAUUGGUGCAGUCAUUGCACACUCGGUGUGUAUUGGUGCAGUCAUUGCACACUCGGUGUGUAUUGGUGCAGUCAUUGCUCACUCGGUGUGUAUUGGUGCAGUCAUUGCACACUCAGUGUGUAUUGGUGCAGUCAUUGCACACUCGGUGUGUAUUGGUGCAGUCAUUGCACACUCGGUGUGUAUUGGUGCAGUCAUUGCACACUCAGUGUGUAUUGGUGCAGUCAUUGCACACUCUGUGUGUAUUGGUGCAGUCAUUGCACACUCAGUGUGUAUUGGUGCAGUCAUUGCACACUCGGUGUGUAUUGGUGCAGUCAUGGCACACUCAGUGUGUAUUGGUGCAGUCAUUGCACACUCGGUGUGUAUUGGUGCAGUCAUUGCACACUCGGUGUGUAUUGGUGCAGUCAUUGCACACUCAGUGUGUAUUGGUGCAGUCAUUGCACACUCGGUGUGUAUUGGUGCAGUCAUUGCACACUCGGUGUGUAUUGGUGCAGUCAUUGCACACUCAGUGUGUAUUGGUGCAGUCAUUGCACACUCGGUGUGUAUUGGUGCAGUCAUUGCAUACUCGGUGUGUAUUGGUGCAGUCAUUGCACACUCGGUGUGUAUUGGUGCAGUCAUUGCACACUCGGUGUGUAUUGGUGCAGUCAUUGCACACUCAGUGUGUAUUGGUGCAGUCAUUGCACACUCAGUGUGUAUUGGUGCAGUCAUUGCACACUCAGUGUGUAUUGGUGCAGUCAUUGCACACUCAGUGUGUAUUUCUUAG